AUGUCGUCGAAGCUCCUCCGCACCGCCGGCUCAGUAGGCGCUCAGCCCACCGAGACCGAGUCUACCGUCAUCAACGCCCUCGUUGAGCUCGAGAACGCCGUCAACGAGCUCAAGACGGAGCUCAGGACGCUGCACAUCUCGGCAGCAAAGGAGGUCGAUGUCAAGGGCGGCAAGAAGGCCAUCGUCGUCUUCGUCCCCAUGCCAGAGUUGAGCGCUUGGAGGAGGAUUCAGGGAAGGGUCACCCGUGAGCUUGAGAAGAAGCUCUCAGACCGCCAAGUCCUCUUCAUCGGUCAGCGUCGCAUCCUCGCCAAGCCCGGACGCAGCUCUGGCCGCAGCAAGCAGCCUCGCCCCCGUUCGCGCACCCUCACCUCGGUCCACGCCUCGAUCCUCGAGGACCUCGUCUACCCCACGGAGAUUGUCGGCAAGCGCUACCACCAGGCCGUCGAUGGCUCCAAGCUCGUCAAGGUCUUCAUCGAUGCCAAGGACUCGACCAGCGUGGAGCACAAGGUCGCUUCCUUCGCUAGCUCGUACAAGGCGCUGACUGGCAAGGAUGUCACGAUUGAGUUCAAGGCUGCUGACCUCUAAGUGGGAGGAUUGGAGGACCAUGCGAGGCAGGACAGGAACUUGGUUAGCUAGGAGAGACUUUAUACUCUCCGGCGAGAGGAGAUGAGGGUCGAGCAGGAGGAGCACCCUGGCUGCGAGACAUUUCCCAUCCCUCCACCCAAACCCCUUUACCACCGCCUCAACCUUCACUACCACCACCUUUCACACAGCAUCGCUUUCACUUACGCUCGCCUCGUCCGCUUCGGCCUCUCUUUGUACACUCACCCACAUACGAAAAGUCCACUUGGCAAUCACCAACGUCAUUUGGCACGGCAGCACACGCGCUUUUGAGGGCAUGACCUGAGAGAAGAACGAGGCAUUGCUGACUAGCUACACUAUGAUCGAGAGAGGGUAUAGAUGAAGUUGCGUGCGCGUGUGUGUGCGGCGUGU